UAAACUACCGCUAACUCGACACUUCUGCCCCUCUGUCUAAAAUCGAUAAGUGAUUGGUUUUCUUGAUGGUUAAGAUUUCGUGGGUAUGGUAACUUGCUCAUAGAAGGGUUAUCAUGGCAUUGAAAAGAAGAAGAGCAACAUCCCCCUCUAGCAGUGUGAGUGGAGGAGAUUUUGACGAUAGCCAGACUUCAACGUUAGUCUCUUCAAUUGGGAGAAAGAGGAGAAGGACCUCAAACAUUCCAACUGUGGAUCCUAUUGCUGUAUGUCAUGAACUAUACAACACUAUCAGAGAUUACAAGGAUGACCAGGGCAGGAUGCUGUGUGAGCUCUUCAUCAGAGCCCCAAAACGAAGGAAUCAACCAGACUAUUACCAUGUGGUGUCUCAGCCUAUUGACAUGAUGAAGAUCCAGCAGAAAUUAAAGAUGGAGGAGUAUGAUGAUGUUGACCAACUCACCAGUGACUUUCAACUGUUAUUCAACAAUGCAAAAACAUAUUACAAGUCUGACAGUCCUGAGUACAGGGCAGCCUGUAAACUGUGGGACCUUUACCUGCGGACCAAAAAUGAAUUUGUUCAGCGAGGGGAUUAUGAAGAGGAUGAUGAAGAUGGCUACGACACACAAGACAACCCCGGUGGUUCCACUGAAGAUGAGAGUGCUCCCUCCUGCUUGAAAGAGUUCCUCGAGCAGCUCCUCGAUGCUGUGGUGUCGUACAUCGAGCCCACUGGCCGCCUGGUCAGCGAACUCUUCCAGAAGCUUCCCUCCAAAAUGCAAUACCCUGAUUAUUAUGCCAUCAUUAAGGAACCAAUAGAUCUGAAAAUCAUCGCUCAAAAGAUUCAGUUGGGCCACUACAGGAGUGUCAGUGCCAUGGCCAAAGAUGUCGAUUUGCUGGUUAAGAACGCUAAAACUUACAAUGAGCCUGGAUCACAGGUGUUUAAGGAUGCAAACACCAUCAAAAAGAUUUUCUCACAAAAGAAGUCGGAGAUGGAACACGGAGAACCAAUCAAGUCCAGCAUGCGUAUCAGGAACAGAAGGUCUGCUCAGGGAGACCGCCUCUCAGCUAUCACCAUGGCUCUUCAGUAUGAAAGUGAUGAGGAGGGCAUCCUCUCUGGUUCUGUGCACUACGACGAAGGGGAAUCUGAGGCGGAGAGUUUGACCUCGAACAUGGACAUGACUAAUCCCAUCUUUCAGCUGUAUGAGGCCGUGCGAGGAGCAAGGAACAGCCAGGGCCAGCUGAUCUCUGAGCCUUUCCUGCAGCUGCCCUCCAGGAAGGACUACCCUGACUACUUUCACCAGAUCAGUCACCCCAUCUGCCUCCACCAGAUCAAGAACAAGAUGAAGAACAAUGAGUAUGAGAGCGUUGAGCACGUUGACUCUGAUCUGACACGGAUGUUUGAGAACGCCAAACGCUUCAAUGUUCCUCAUUCCUCCAUCUACAAGCGGGCGCUCAAACUCCAACAGAUCCAGCAGAUGAAGAGGAAGGAGCUUUUACAGAGAGAUGAUGAUGAUGAUGGAGACAGCAUGCUGUCCUCUGCCACUUCUGACACCAGUAGUACAAAGAGAAAAAGUCACAAGAAGAACACAAAGAAAAACCGGAUGAAGGCUCUCUUACUUUCUGUGAGUGAGGCUCGAGAAGCCGGCACAGGUCGCAGACUGUGUGACCUUUUCAUGGUGAAGCCCUCGAAGAAGGACUAUCCCGACUACUACAAGGUCAUCCUGGAACCCAUGGACCUCAGGACCAUAGAGCACAACAUUCGCUCGGACAAAUACAUGACUGAAGAUGCUAUGGUGGAGGAUAUGAGGCUGAUGUUUCGCAAUGCUCGACACUACAAUGAAGAAGGCUCACGGGUCUACAACGAUGCUGAUGUCCUAGAGAAGAUUAUGAAAGACAGACGCAGGGAUCUUGGGCCUGCAACAGACGAUGAUGAUAUAAUGUCACCCAAGUUGAAAAUAAGAAAGAACAGCAUCACUCUGAAGAAGUCCAAAUACUUAACACCUCUACAGCAGAAGCUUAAUGAACUUUAUGAAGCUGUUAAGAACUACACAGAUAAACGGGGACGUCGUCUCAGCACCAUCUUCCUCCGACUGCCGUCUCGCGCCGAGCUCCCUGAUUACUACAUUGCCAUUAAAAAACCUGUGGACAUGGAGAAGAUCAAGAGCCACAUGAUGGCUAACAAGUACCAGGAUGUGGACGCCCUGGUGGAGGACUUGGUGCUCAUGUUCAACAACGCCUGUACCUACAACGAGCCCGAGUCCUUGAUUUACCGCGAUGCUCUCAUGUUGCACAGGGUGCUGCUGGAGACCAGGCGGGACCUGGAAGGAGGAGAUGACACCCAUGUGCCUGAUGUGCCCCGCCUCAUCCAGGAACUCAUCCGAAGUCUAUUUGUCUCCGUGCUAGGUCACCAAGACGAUGAGGGCCGUUGCUACAGUGAUUCACUGGCAGAGAUUCCCGCCUUAGAUCCGGCAAAUCCUGAAAAGCCACGACUCAAUUUUGAGAUAAUCAGGUCUAAUGUAGAUCGAGGGCGUUAUAAGAGGCUGGAUGUGUUUCAGGACCACAUGUUUGAAGUCCUGGAAAAGGCCAGACGAUUGAACAGGACUGAUUCAGAGAUUUUUGAAGACGCCGUAGAGCUGCAGCAGUUCUUUAUCCGGAUCAGAGAUGAGCUGUGUAAGAACGGAGAGAUCCUGAUGUCUCCAGCUCUCAGCUACACAUCCAAACAUCUGCACAACGACGUGGAAAAGGAGAAGAAGGAGAAGCUUCCCAAGGAGUUUGAAGAAGACAAAAUCAAGAGGGAAGAGGAAAAAAGAGAAGCGGAGAAGAGAGAGGACACUGUUGGAGGAUCGUGGCAGUCCAAUCUGCAACGCACAUACAGUCAGGACUGCAGCUUCAAAGACAGCAUGUACCAUGUGGGAGACUACGUGUAUGUGGAACCUGCAGAGCCAAACCUCCAGCCUCACAUCAUCUAUAUUGAACGCCUCUGGCAGGAUGACACAGGUGAGAAGUGGCUGUACGGCUGCUGGUUCUACAGGCCAAAUGAAACAUUUCACCUCGCCACGAGAAAGUUCUUGCAGAAGGAGGUUUUUAAGAGCGACUAUUACAACAAAGCUCCUGUCAGCAAGAUUCUGGGGAAAUGCGUGGUCAUGUUUGUAAAGGAGUACUUCAAACUUCACCCAGAAGGCUUCAGAUCUGAGGAUGUUUUUGUCUGCGAGUCUCGCUACUCUGCCAAGUCCAAGUCCUUCAAGAAGAUCAAGAUGUGGACCAUGCCCUUGAGCUCAGUCCGUUUUGUUCCCAGAGAGGUCCCGCUACCUGUCGUCCGUGUGGCGUCGAUGUUUGCCCCCAAACAAGAGGAGAAACCCUCAGAGAUGGCAGAUGAAAGCAAAAUGACAGACGUUAUUGUAGACAAGGAAAACAAUCUGUGUCUGCAGGAGAGGGAGGACGUUCCAAUGGAUAUGACCAAUGGGGAGCCCGGGUGUCAAUACUAUGAACAGCUCUGCUACAACAACCAGUGGCUUAAAGUGGGAGACUGCGUUUACAUUGGUUCACAUGGGCUAGUGCGCCACCGAGUGGGAAGGGUUGAGAAAAUGUGGAUGCGAGAUGGAGCAGGAUACUUCUUUGGUCCAAUCUUCAUUCAUCCAGAGGAAACUGAGCAUGAGCCCACCAAGAUGUUCUACAAGAAGGAAGUGUUUCUGAGCAACCUGGAGGAGACCUGUCCUAUGACCUGCAUCAUAGGGAAGUGUGUGGUGUCGUCAUACAAAGACUAUCUGUCCUGCCGGCCAACUGAAGUGCCUGAGGAGAACAUUCUGCUCUGUGAGAGUCGCUACAUUGAGAGUGAGAAGCAGAUGAAGAAAUUUAAAGGUCUUAAGCGCUUUUCUCUCUCAGGGAAAGUGGUGGAGGAUGAAAUCUACUAUUUCCGGAAGCUGAUUGUGCCCCAGAAGGAGCCGUCCCCUCUUCUAGACAAGAAAAUUGAGAAACUGGAGGCUAAAUUUGCUGAUAUGACGGACGAGGAGCUAGAGGAUCUUGGGGAUGAUGAUGGGGAGCUUGGGGACCACUCUCUUCCUCGGAUGCAGUCGUCCAUGUCCAGUGACAUGGACACCAUGCCCUACACUCCUCCACAGUCCACACCGAAAUCCAUAAAGGGACUUUCAAAGAAGGAGGGCUCAAAGCGUAAAAUCAACAUGAGUGGCUACAUCUUGUUCAGCAGUGAGAUGCGAGCAGUCAUCAAAGCCCAGCACCCAGACUUCUCCUUUGGGGAGCUGAGCCGCCUAGUUGGCACAGAGUGGAGAAACCUGGAGGGCUCCAAGAAAGCUGAAUAUGAAGAGCGAGCAGCUAAAGUGGCCGAACAGCAGGAGCGCGAGAGGGCUCAUCAUCAGACGUCCCCUAGAGCAGGUACCCCAGUAGGGGCUCUGAUGGGGGUGGUACCUCCCCCAACACCCAUGGGGAUGCUAAAUCCCAGCAUGACGCCUGUGUCAGGUAUGAUGGGAGGAUAUAGGUCAGCUCUGAUGCCCUCCUGGGGCCACAUAAACAGCAUGUUUAGUAUGGCUGGCAUACCCACACACCACAUGGGGGUUUCUCUCCUCCCCCAACAUCUCCUGCCUGUUUUGCCUGGGUUUCCUGGAAUGCAGUACUUUGGGGUCUCGGGCUUGGCAGGUGGAGCAGGAAACAUACAUGGAUCACAGAUGGGUUUGCUGGGCCCAGGGCAGCAAGCUCCACCACCCUACCCAGGACAAGGCCACAUGGGACAACCUGCGCCUCAGCAGCCCUCCACCCCAGUGUUUGUGUCCCCACCAGCCAAGACUCAGCGGCUGCUCCACUCUGAGGCAUACCUCAGAUACAUUGAGGGCCUAACAGCAGAGUCCUCUACCAUUAGCAAGUGGGACCACACACUCUCAGUUAAAAAACAAGAUGUGCGUCUGACAAAAGAGCAAGAGAGCAGACUACCAUCCCACUGGCUUAAGAGUAAAGGGGCCCACAAGACAAUGGCAGAUGCACUUUGGAGACUCCGUGACCUGAUGCUGCGAGACACCUUAAACAUCCGUCAGACGCACAACCUGUAGCAUGCUCAUACUUUGAGCCUCUGUUCCCUCUGUACCUGUAAAACAGGAAAAGGAUUAAGCUCACUAAAAGUGUUUUCUUUGUGUUGUCGUUUAAAGAAAUGUGUUUGUUGUCAUUACAGCUGUUUUCUGUGUUGAAGCUGUUUUUUGUUUAACACUUAAGAUAAACUGUUCUAAGUGCAUUAUUGUUAAAGACUGACAUUCUGUGAUGAUUGCCUUCAUGCUUUCACAAUUAAAAUGUGAAGAGGUGAAUUUCUCAGUUUAUUAACUUUGAAAAAUAUGAGUUGAGACCCCUUGAGGUUGAAUAAAAGCUGUUACUUUUAAUGUUU